ACACAUAAGCACUUUAUAACAGUGGCACAUAUUAUAUAUAGAAAAAACACGAGAAACGAAAUUCUAAACCAAGACAAUGGAAAACAAAGAUGUGAAGUUGGUUUGCUUUUGGGCGAGUCCAUAUUCUAAAAGGGUCGAAUGGGCUCUAAAACUCAAAGGUGUUGAUUAUGAGUAUAUAGAAGAAGAUAUCUUCAACAAAAGCAAUCUCCUAUUGGAAUUGAACCCGGUUCAUAAGAAAAUUCCGGUUCUUGUUCAUGGCCAGAAACCAAUAGCAGAGUCACUUAUUAUCCUUGAAUACAUUGAUGAAACAUGGAAACAAUAUCCAUUGUUGUCUCCCCAUCCUUAUCAAAGAGCCCUUGCUCGGUUUUGGGCUGAUUUUUCUGAACAAAAGCUUUUGUAUACAGCAUGGGUUGCAAUGUGUAGCAGUGGGGAAGGUAAGGAAAAGUCUGUGAAGCAAGCCAGAGAAGCAAUAGAGAAGAUAGAAGAGGAGAUUAAAGGGAAGAAAUUCUUUGGAGGGGACAAUAUUAGUUACCUUGAUCUUGCUCUUGGAUGGAUUUCUUACUGGCUCCCUGUUUUUGAGGAAGUUGGGUCUAUGCAGAUAAUAGAGCCAUUGAAAUGUCCAGCCAUCACUGCAUGGAUACCCAAUUUUCUAAGCCAUCCUGUGAUUAAGGAUAACUUGCCUCAAAGAGACAACAUGCUUGUUUACUUCCACUCUCGUAGAAAGGCACUGUCUGGGGCAUUUCAUGGUUAGUUCAGGGUUUGGAAAUAUGAUUUACACAUAUAUUUGUAUUAUGACUUAGCUCUAGAUAUAGAGCCAUGAAUAAAAUUUGGUAGCUCUAAAUAUAGAGCAAUGAAUAAAAUUUGGUAGAUUCUUAUGUUA